AUGGAGUCACCUUUUAGUCCGGGACUCCCUCACCGGCCGGAUGAAGACUGGGAUUCUGCCCUGUUUGCUGAACUUGGCUAUCUCACAGACACUGAUGACCUGCAAUUGGAUGCAGCAAAUGAAACUUAUGAAAGUAAUUUUGAUAAUCUUGAUUUUGACUUGGAUUUGAUGCCUUGGGAGACAGGCAUUUGGGAUGUCAACAAUCAGUUCUGUACAGUUAAAGGUAUUAAGACAGAACCUCAGUCACUUUCACCAGCCUCGUCGAGGUGUUCAAUCCCAUCUCCUCAAUCGCUGGACUCUAACUCGUCAACUCAGCAUGUGCCUGAGGAGUUGGAUUUGUCUUCUACUUCUCAGAUGUCUCCUCUUUCCUUAUAUGGUGAAAGCUCUAAUAACCCCUCCUCAGCAGAGCCACUGAAGGAAGACAAGCCCAUCAUUGGUCCUAAGAGCAAAACUGAAAACGGACUGACUCCAAAGAAAAAAAUUCAAAUAAAUUCGAAACCUUCAAUUCAACCCAAGCCUUUAUUACUUCCAGCAGCACCCAAGACUCAAACAAACCCCAGCGUUCCAGCAAAAACCAUCAUUAUUCAGACACUACCAACACUUAUGCCUUUGGCAAAGCAGCAACCAAUUAUCAGUAUACAUCCUGCACCCACUAAAGGUCAGGCCGUGGUGCUCUCUCAGCCUGCCGUGGUUCAGCUCCAGGCACCUGGAGUUCUGCCCUCUCCUCAACCAGUCCUUGCUGUUGCUGGGGGAACCACGCAGCUACCUAAUCAUGUGGUGAAUGUGGUGCCCGCCCCUGUGGCAAACAGCCCAGCAAAUGGGAAACUUUCUGUGACUAAACCUGUCCUACAAAGUACAAUGAAAAGUGCAGGCUCCGAUAUUGCUGUGCUAAGGAGACAGCAACGUAUGAUUAAAAAUCGAGAGUCAGCUUGUCAGUCCCGCAAGAAGAAGAAAGAAUACAUGCUAGGCCUAGAGGCAAGGUUAAAGGCAGCCCUUUUGGAGAAUGAGAAGCUGAAGAAAGAGAACGGUUCACUGAAGCGGCAGCUGGACGAAGUUGUAUCAGAGAACCGGAGGCUUAAAGUUCCUAGUCCGAAGCGAAGAGCUAUCUGUGUGAUGAUAGUUUUGGCAUUUGUAGUGCUGAACUAUGGACCCAUGAGCAUGUUGGAACAAGAUUCCAAGAGAAUGAAUCCUAAUGUGAACCCUACAAAUCAAAGGAGGCAUCUUCUAGGAUUUUCUGCUAAAGAGGAGCAAGACACAUCAGAUGAUAUCAUCCAGAAAAACAGCUACAGAUAUGACCAUUCUGUUUCAAAUGACAAAGCCCUGAUGGUGCUAACUGAAGAACCAUUACUCUAUAUCCCUCCACCUCCCUGUCAGCCCCUGAUAAACACAACGGAAUCUCUCAGGUUAAAUCAUGAACUUCGAGGAUGGGUUCAUAGACACGAAGUGGAAAGGACCAAGUCAAGAAGAAUGACAAAUAAUCAACAGAAAACUCGUAUUCUUCAGGGUGCUCUGGAACAGGGCUCAAAUUCUCAGCUCAUGGCUGUCCAAUACACAGAAACCACUAGUAUCAGCAGGAAUUCAGGGAGUGAGCUACAGGUAUAUUAUGCUUCACCCAGAAGUUAUCAAGACUUCUUUGAAGCCAUCCGCAGAAGGGGAGACACGUUUUAUGUUGUGUCGUUUCGAAGGGAUCACCUGCUGUUACCAGCUACCACCCAUAACAAGACCUCAAGACCAAAGAUGUCAAUUGUAUUACCAGCAAUAAACAUAAAUGAGAAUGUGAUCAACGGGCAGGAUUAUGAAGUGAUGAUGCAGAUAGACUGUCAGGUGAUGGACACCAGAAUCCUCCACAUCAAAAGCUCGUCAGUUCCUCCUUACCUCCGGGAUCAGCAGAGGAAUCAAACCAACGCUUUCUUUGGUUCCCCCCCAGCAGCCCCAGAGGCAGCCCACGUUGUCAGCACCAUCCCCGAGUCAUUACAGUAG